UAUACAACGAGAAAAAAACCCACAGCGUUUAUCACGAAUUAGUGGAGAACAAAGUCCCACCGUAAAACGAGGUAUGUGGCUCUCGAUGAAUCAAAUUUCAGCCUUAUCAAGUGAAAGUUUGCUCUUGUUUUGGUAGCUUUAAUUCGGAUGAUUUCAUGCCCUUAUUACUCAAUUUAAGUCUUCUGUUUGCAUUAACGACAGCUUAGAUCUAACUGAUAUAUCCUUUAUUCUAAAAAACAUCUACAUCUACGUCUACGUCUAUUUAAUUACUCUUCGUUUUACACAUCAAGAAGACUUAAGAAAUAAAAAUAUAAAUUCAAAAUAAAAUAUACUACUAAGAAAUUACUAUACUUGAAGCAGACCUUUAGCUAUAUACCUUUCUUCUCAGGAAGACAAGGCCAAUCUGAAUUUCCAAAAUAUUGCUUUAAUUGCAUUGAUUGCUUUCUAUAAAACCGUUAUAUUUUAGCUGUACGUCUGACACGUUAAACUUGUCACUUUAAACACUGUACCUAAGUAGGAUAUGCCAUCGUCCUGUGUCAAUUCAAUAUUUUUUUUCAGUAUUUAAUAUUUGUCAUUACAAAGAGAAAUGGGAGAAGUCGUUGGAGUACAACAUGCAGCAACAUCCUUCAAAUCAAGAAGGCUUAAGAGAAAGAGUCAGGUGCUGUACAAUGUAUUUGCUCUCUUUUUUACUUGUGGUCACGUAAGAACAACAUGAAACCCUUUAUUUCAAAUACUAGUACUGUUAUGUACUUUAUCUCAAAUCUCUGGGUAACCACCAUCACAAGUCUCCUUACAAGGACUUAAAUGCAGAGCAUAUUAUUAAAGAAAGUGUUUUCACAGGUCAUUGCAUUUUUGUUCAAAUAAUAAUUAUUUGAAUAAUGUUGAUCAUUAUCAUUAUUCGUAUGGUGUGAAUUACAUUCAUGUCUCACCAAUGUAAUGGUGAAUAAUUGCAUCCCUACCACUGUACUAAACAAAAUGAUUAAAUAGAAUAAAUAAAAUUUAUUGUCCUAAAAAAUGCUCAAUUAAAUAAUACCAAGUGAAUUAUCACUGUUAAUUGUCACCUAAAAAUGCUUAUUUUAUAAUAAUGUCUCUUCUCUUCAUAGGAAGGAUCUAUAGCUAACAACAAUGUGGCGUUAACCUCUUUAGAAGGUGAAAGGUACAAAGUGAUCAUAUAACUUUUUAUUACUCAUAUAUUGAUUGUCUCUCCAUCCUUUCGUAGAGCAAUUCCAGUUAAUGUGUUCCUAUGUUUUCUUUUCAAAAGGCUGAGCCCUAAAUUGAGAAAGUACAGUUGUAUUCUUCCACUAAAUGAAAGAGAAAAUCAAGCAGAAGAGAUAAUUGAAAAGACAAAUGAUUUUGCUCUACCCUCCAGUGAACAAUUUACUGAGAAAACAUUAAAGCCCUCACACCUCACUCAUACAAAAAUCCAGUGUAAGGGCAGAAAAAAGCCUCUUGUUCCCCGACUACAGAACUUGAAUGAAGAUGAACACUCAAAAAGUGAUGUUUGUGUUGCUGGCUUUAUACUUUCACCCCGGGCUGAAAGACCAUACAAAUGCAAUUUGUGUGUAAAGCAGUUCAAGUACUUUAGUAAUUUAAAAUCACACAUGAAGAUUGUGCACAAGAAAAUGGUGGAAAGCUCCCCUGAAGACAGCAACAGCUCCACACUUGGGAAUGGACAAGUAUUUCAGUGUGAAAUUUGCUACAGAAAUUUUAAAUACUUUAGUAAUCUGAGAACACAUAGACUUGUUCAUACCAGCAAUGACUCUAAAAGCAAUGAUUAGCUUAGGUUUUAAGCCCUGAUUAAUACAAUAUUUUAUCAUAUGACUC